AUAUAUGACACUCUCUCUCGUCCUGUUCCUCACACUCCGGUUCCGCCGGUCGCCGUCGACUCACGCGCUCGUCUCUCGCGUCGUUGUCGUCGUCGGCGUCGCCGUCUUCGCAGCAGUCGCGUUGUUCGGAGUAGCCGUGCUAGCGAGGCAACACGAACUCCGCCUGCUGACCGGUGGUUUAGCGACGGAACCGCUGGAACCUUUUGACCGAAUAAGGCUGGUCGACGACUCGUCGGACGACUCCACCACAUCUUCGGACUUCGAGUUAUCGGACGUCGACGACGAUCAGACGGCAUAAGGCACCAUUUUCGCCCGCCCUGUGCGCCCCCUUCCCCGACUAACACGGUGACGUGACCAUGUGCUAGUGCUCUCCUCGUCGAAUCGUACCCAAUUGUCUAUUGCCAGACUCCGACUGAAUUUAAUACCGAUUCGCUUGAAAUGUCCGUCAAAGACGGUCCUAUCGUCAAGAUGGAUGUGGACUGCCCGUCAAACCUGAAGAGAUCCAACAGUGCGCCGAUGAUCAAUGACAUGAAUGCUUCCAUCACCGGAUCACCGUGUGCUACCCUGUCUAGAGAAAAUACAUGUAACAUAUUUUUACGAAAUGUACAACCACGCUUCCGUAGAUUUAGCACAAGUGGAAGUCCUCAUAAUGUAAUGCCAAAUACUUCACCAAAAUUAGUUCAUAGAGUUAAUCAGCUGCGACAGGAGGAAACUGUUGAUUUGAUUAAUAGAGAAGUGGCCCAUGAAAGAGAAAUACACUCAGCAAUGCAAAUAUCACAGUCAUGGGAAGAUUUAUCUAUUAUGAUUGAUUCACCAACAAAGGCUGAUGAAGGACAGUUUGGUAAACAACCUGGUGGAAUGUAUGGUAGAUCUAAUGUAUAUGAUCCAUUGCAUUUAAAUUUUUCAAUGACUUCUGCUCCAUCAUCGCCAUCGCCAACCAGAUCAUUGAGACAUUGUGUAUCACCAUCACUCUUUAAACCUAAUUUAUCGCCUAGUCCUACUCGUAAAACUUUUACAUCAGGACGAAGCUUGAGUCCAAUUUCAAUGCGUCCUAGCACUUUAGGACCUGUUAAAAGGAAAUGUGACAUGGACGACUAUGAACCGAUUCCAAAGAAAUGGGGAUUACUGAUUACCAAUAAUAGACCUGAACCAAUGCAAGUGACCGGUAUUGUUCCUACAACAAUGAAUGCAACUUUAGUUACAGAUUCCAUAUGUAGUAGCAGUGGUGAUUCUUCAAACAGUAACCAUUCGUUUUCCUUCAGACCAUUGCAAUCUCUAAUGGAUGAAUCAAAAAGUAAUUCCCAAUAACUAAAAUAUUUUCAUAUAAAUUAUAAUUUCACAUUUUAUGUUGAUUAUUAUAAUUUUGAUUAUUAUUAUUA